AUGCUGAAAAAGACACCUACCGGGACAUGGAUGCCCGCGUGGGUUCCAGAGUCAACGUUCAUGCUAUGCAUGCUGUUGCUCCUGUCCUCGGUUGUGCAAUCUGCGACUGGCGGGUAUGAUGGAUCGAUGUUGAAUGGUCUCAACAUUUUACCAUCAUAUACCAACUACUUCAAUUUGAACCCUGCCACCAGGGGGCUCAAUACGGCUUCUGUUUUCAUUGGCGGUUUCCUCGGGCCUCUGGUAACUGGCGUGAUCGCGGACCGAUUGGGUCGCCGUCCGGCGAUUUUCUGGGGAUCUUGCCUGACAAUCGUCGGCAUCAUUCUUCAGACCGCGUCGCAGAAUAUUGCCAUGUUCGUGGUCGCUCGGAUCAUCCUGGGAUUUGGAGGGGCCGUGACUGGUAUCGCCGGAGGAGUAUAUCUGUCCGAAGUCUUCCCCAGUCGAUGGCGCGCCUGGGGCGUGGGUCUUCUGAACGAUUUUUACUAUGUUGGCGCCCUCAUCGCAGCGGGUAUCACCCUCGGAACAGGGCAGUGGCAGUCGACAUGGGCCUGGCGGGCUCCAUCCCUUUUCCAAGGUAUCUUCUCAGUGUUAUGCAUUUUCACACUUCCGUUCAUCAGUCCAGAAUCUCCUCGUUGGCUUGUCCAUCAAGGCCUUUUCGAGGAGGCCCGCAUAACUGUGGCACAAACAAAUGCGCAUGGGAGCAUGACAGAUCCAAUCGCCGUCGCAGUCUUCAAAGAGAUUGUGGACACCUUGAGAUGGGAGAAAGAACAGGCGCAAUCUAUGAGCCCCUUGGAAAUCCUCAAAAGCCCGAUAGCUCGAAAAAGACUACUGAUCGGAAUGUCCCCGGGCCCUUUCUCAUGCAUUGCCGGGAAUAUCAUUGCCUCGUAUUAUUUUGGCUCGGAGCUAGACACGGCCGGCAUUACAGAUACUAAUGAUCAACUCAAAGCGAAUGUGGUCCUGAAUGUCUGGUGCCUUGCGUGCUGUCUGGUCGGUACACAUCUAGCUGCCAGGUGGGGACGCAAACCAACAGCGAUGCUCUCCCAGACGCUUCUUAUUACAUGUCUUUUCAUCAUCGGCGGUCUAUCAAAGCUGUACGCUGCUGAUCCACAAGGCGCAUCCAGUAGCCUUGUGUAUGGAAAUGUCGCGAUGAUGUUCUUGUUCCAAGGAUUCUAUUCCGUUGCAUGGACACCACUGCUUUAUCUCUAUCCGCCAGAGAUUAUGAAUUAUUCCAUUCGUGCCAACGGCGUAGCAUUUUCAUACUUCGCGCUGAAUGCCUUUGCUUUGGUUUUCACCUUCAUUAUGCCGAUUGGCCUAGGGAAUAUCGGGUGGAAGAUGUAUAUGAUCAAUGCAUCGUGGGAUGUUAUAAUACUGGGCCUGAUUGCCUAUUAUUGGGUGGAAACCAAGGGCAAAACUCUUGAGGAGAUUGACGCGAUAUUUGAAGGCGAGAAACAUUCCUCGGUCCCGGACAUCGAGAUUCUCCAGCGUGGCGAGAAAGAGUUGGAUAUCGAUUUGGUCGAGGAGCAACUCAAGCCUGAUCUAAGAUUGGCAACUGGUCGAAAUGCCGCGGCCUAA